AUGCACCAGGUGAACUCUCCGCAUACGCAGGCCUCCAUACCGGACGAUAUGGACACGGAAGAUCAGUACAUGGCCAACCAAGUCAGUAAUUCUGUGCGAGGGCGCCCCAGAAACAAACGCAAACGAUCUAAUGAUAUCGGCCCAAGUGAGACUGGGGAAUCAGAAUGCGACUCAACUACUACUGAAUACAAUGCUGGAAGUUAUAGCAGCGAUGGCAUCGACGACAGUGAACCUUCUUCCUUGCCACGGGCGAAGCGAGGGAAGAGGAGUUCGGCCAAAGAUGAUGAUUAUUACGCUCAGCCAAAGACCACCAAAGCUAAGCAGAGAACGAGAAAACUUUCCGAUAGCAUUCCUCACCUAGGAGGGGCCGACUUUCCCAACGGGGAAGACCAGUCUGGUUCAUCAGACGAAGAAAAGGAUACAAUAAAGGCACAAAGGCGGGCUCGAAAUAAGAAAUUUGCUCGCGAGCGGGAACAACGUCUACUUCAAAUUGGGAAACUUACCAAGAACGAUGACCUGUCUCCGGAUGAACAGCGCACCGCUCAUCAACUUCUUACUCGUGGUACCAUGCCAACUAUCUAUAAACAUUGGCAGUUAGAUUUUCCUACAGUUGCAGAUGCCGUAUUCUUCUCAGGGGAAGACAGAGACCCCAGGCUCACGGAGACGCACUUCGUGCUCGAAACCGACAAAGGUACGGAGUUCGACGCGAUCAUUGCCUUCCGAGAUCUUUUGGAAAUUUGCGGCAGGGUGAAAGACUGCUGUAAUAUCCUGAAGAUAUCUCCUUAUGAGUGCAUUGUGAGGACAAUUCGGAGAUACCUGACCUGGGCAAUGAGGGAUGCACGUAUCAGAGCCCACCCGAACACAACCCCGGUGCACAUCAUCUAUUGCAAGAAGGAAUACGAAACGCCAAAGGCCGCCAUCGACCACGUCGCUGCAGCAUUAGCGAAGUUAGCGGAGAAAUGGAGGAGCCAACUCGGUGCAUUCCAUGAUAAUAAGGGAUUCUGGCCGGUAUUGAUCGGAAUCGUCGUCUAUGGACCUGGCCUUGUUAUCAUCGGCUUGGAUACGAAUCCCCAACCACAUUGUAAAUCGCCGGGAGUCAGGUUCCUCGGUCAAGUUGAUUUUAUGAGCUCUGACAGUGAUAUUUGGUCCACCCUGGGUGUUGCGAUCGUCAUCAAGCAUAUCCAAAGAACGAUGAUAAAGCUGGCCAUGGCUUACAACCAUCCGUUUGUGGCACCAAUCCUUGAUGAAUCUACCAAAGCUAUGGAUGACCACGACCCCGAUCUUUGA